AUGCCCAUGGUGGCCCCGGUAUAUUUGCCGGGGCAGGAGCCACUCCCCCCCGGCAUGUCAGAGAGUGACCGUGCGCAGAUGAAAGAGAUGGCCAAGUACGGCCGCUGGACUGGCAUGGCGAUGGAAUCGUGUAUUGGAAAGAUGGUGCUCUCGGGUGUUCUUGGCUUUGGACUCGGUGCCUUUUUCAGUCUGAUGAGCGCAUCGUUUGCUAUUGACGAUCCGGUGCGUCAGGCAACCGAGGACAGGCUAGCGCUAGAGCGUGCAAAGCGCCUCGAAGAGGAGGCAGUAAGUAGCGGCAAGGCGGCCAAGCCCGCCGCUAACAUGGCCACUGCAGCGCCUGGAAGCGCGACGGGAUCCGCUGCGAAAGUGCCUGGCUCUAGCUUGAAGCCAACACUGCCGCCGGUGCCGCCGCUGCCCGAAGUCAACACGAUGCAGAGCACCAAGAAAUUUUUUGUACAGACGGGCAAGAGCAUGUACAGCAGCGGCAAAGGGUUUGGAAAGGUCGGUGCAAUCUACUCUGGCAUCGAAUGCUGCAUUGAAGGGUAUCGCGCACGGAGCGAUAUCUGGAACCCCGUCGUCGCGGGCUUCCUUUCGGGCGGCAUUCUUGCGCGGCAUUCAGGCCCGCGGGCCAUGUUUGCCGGCGGAAUGGCAUUUGCCGCGUUCAGCGGCGCGAUCGAUCUCUUUUUGCAUCGCUCAACGCCCGACGAAGACUAG